CACGAACAUAUGCGGCAGAUGAUGCGAAGCUUUUCUGAUCCUUUUGGCCGCGAUCCAUUUCUCAGUAUAACAGAUGGUGGGGAGAGAACAGUGGAUCGAAGGGCACGCCAGGACUCUCAGGUUGCUCUAAGAGGAAAUCGCAGAGCAACAAGCUGCUCUCUCAUGCCCUUUGCAGGCUUUGGUAGAGUGCACGAUGCAGAUUUUGGGGACCCUUUCUUUGCAAUGGACAGGAUGAUGUCAAAUAUGAGGAACAGCAUGCUGGAAAUGCAAAGAAAGUUUGAUGACCUCUCCGUCCAUCCAGAUGCCCACACGUUCAGCUCCUCCUCUGUGAUGACUUACUCCAAAGUCGGGGAUGAACCACCAAAAGUUUUCCAGGCUUCAUCUCAGACACGCACAGCCCCAGGAGGUGUUAAGGAGACAAGAAAAACACUUAAGGAUUCUGAAAGUGGGCUGGAAAAAAUGGCUAUUGGUCAUCAUAUUCAUGAUCGUGCUCAUGUCAUUAAGAAAUCCAAGAACAACAAGACUGGUGAUGAAGAACUGAACCAAGAAUUCAUCAACCUGGAUGAAACUGAGGCCCAGACCUUUGAUGAAGAGUGGCAGAAAGAGAUUAUGAAGUUCAGGCCAUCGAGAUCUAGAUGCAAUUUGGAGGCUCCGAGGUACAGAAGUAUUCGUCACAUACCCAAGGAAGAUGGAAUAAGAAGAGAGAAAGCACUCAUGGGUCCCAGGGAGCCUGGAGUUUCUGUGGAGGAUCUCAGUGUGAGAGGAACACAUGUCCCCAUCAAAAGCAGCAAAAAAUAA